GGAGAUUCGAGUCGUCCGAAGAACAUCUCUCACAUUUCCAUUGCGAUUUCUACGUCUCUCUCUCUCUCUCUCUCUCUCUCUCUCUCUAACCAUAUAUAGUCAGAUGAUGGGGGCGUACAGAGCAGAUGAUGAUUACGAUUACUUGUUCAAGGUGGUGUUAAUAGGAGAUUCUGGUGUUGGAAAAUCUAACCUAUUGUCACGAUUCACCCGCAACGAGUUCAGCGUCGAAUCCAAAUCCACAAUAGGCGUCGAAUUCGCCACUCGCAGCAUUCAUGUCGAUGAUAAAAUCGUCAAGGCCCAGAUUUGGGACACCGCCGGCCAAGAAAGGUACCGUGCUAUAACAAGCGCUUACUACCGAGGAGCCGUGGGCGCUCUACUCGUCUACGACGUGACCCGACACGUCACGUUCGAAAACGUCGAGCGGUGGCUGAAGGAGCUCCGGGCCCACACCGAUGCCAACAUCGUGAUCAUGCUCGUCGGGAACAAGGCGGACCUCUGCCACCUCCGUGCCGUGUCGACCGAAGAUGCAAGGGCAUUUUCGGAGAGGGAAAACAACUAUUUCAUGGAAACGUCGGCUCUAGAGGCUUUGAACGUCGAUAGUGCGUUCACGGAAGUGCUGGCGCAGAUCUAUAGGGUUGUCAGUAGGAAGGCGCUCGAUAUAGGCGAUGAUCCGGCAGCAUUGCCAAAGGGACGGACGAUUGAUAUUGGGAAUAGGGAUGAUGUAUCAGCUGUGAAGAAAGGAGGGUGUUGCUCUGCUUAAUUCCUGAGUCUGGAAAAAUGAGGGUGGUGAAGUAGUGCUCUCUGUAAAUUGAUUCGGUGACCUUGUGUAUAAUUAUAUUGAUAGAGGCUAAUUUUUCAGUAACUUAAAAUGUUGUCUUGAUAAAAUUGGGAAUCUGGACACGUAAAAUGAAAUUUGCCAUGACAGAAAACCAUGCUUUUGAUACCGGAAAAGAUGCACGGGACAAUUCGAUAAAAUUGGAAUAAUGCUGGUAAAGCAUUGGUUUGAUGUUAACAAAAACCAUAGCAGCGGAUUUCCUUCUCGUCUCUCCAUUUGUAUUGCUUUUGAAAAACAAGUUUCCUUUGCUUUUUAUGUCUUCAGUUUUCCCUGUUAUUCUGAAGCUUCAG